AAAAAAGUUUUUUUUAUUUGGUACUAAAAUAUUUGGUAGAGAUAAUUCGAUUGGCAUUACUAUAUUUUUUACUUGUGCUAAAUGAAUGUAUUAUUGAGAGAACAAAAUACAUAAAUGUAUCGAGAUUGGCGUAACCAAAUUAUUUGUUUGGUUUCAUUUGGUUUUCCUAAUACAAAGGCUUGACUAAUCCGCGGCUUGUGAAGAGCUCGAGGCUCCCCUCACUCUUCCAAUCGACUCGGCAGGCCGCGCCGCGUCUCACAAACCAUUCGUGAGUUUUUUUCUGACGCCUGUUCUUAAAGUCAGAUUAUUGCUAACGAAAAAAGCAAUGGAUAUCUGGAUGGAAUUGACCUUCUGGAGACUCAACUCCAGUGGUGGGGGUAGGUCAAAAUAUGGUCGCAUUUCAUGGGCACUGUUCGCGAUAUGGUCGACGGCCAAUUCAUGAACUACGCGUGUGUCAAAGUUCGUUUACGUUGUUUGUUGUGAGCCGUUGUGUCAAAGAAGUGAAAUCAUGUCUAAGGUGUGUUGUAUUAUGAAUUGUGGGAGUAAAUGUUUCAAUUUCGGUCCGAAUAAAAGUAUGUUGCACCAGAGAGAAACCUGAGAGCUGCUACGCCAUAGGGUUUACUGAGACCGAUUUUCGCCAUCAAAAGUGGAUGUAAGAACUACGGAGACACAUCUACUUAUCGACACGGUCGAUAAAUAUCACUUUUUGGUGUGUGUCCGUGCUAAAUUCACUUUUCGAUAUUGUAUCAAUAUCGAUAAGUAGAUGUGUCUCCGUAGUUCUUACAUCCACUUUUGAUGGUGAAAAUCGGUCCCAAGUAAACCCUACGGCGUGGCCGCUCUCAGGCUUCUCUGUUGCACGACGCUUCGAAGUCCAGCACGUGUAGUUCAUGAAUUGGCCGUUCGACCAUAUUGCGAACAGCGCCCAUGAAAUGCGACCAUAUUUUAGCCUACCCCUACCACUAAUUUAAGCAGACUGCAGAAGUCGUGUCUCCUGUCUUUAGUCUUCUUGGUUACGUCGUAUGGAGGAGGUGAGGUUAUCUGUGGACAGGCCUGUCCUAAUAGAACAUUGGUAUGUUUUAACGAAACUAUUCCCAGUGAGAAAUGAUUCGUCGAUCGACGUCGAAACGACGUCGAAUCGACAUCGACACCGUCGAAUUGACGUCGAUCGACGAAUCAUUUCUCACUGGGUUUGUUACUCAUAUCUAAAAAGUGCAUUUCUGUUGCUCAUAUUCCGCAGCGCGUUAACGUUUGCACAACUUGUGCGUGCGUUGCGCAUAUAUACCGUAGGGCGUAGAUGCUCGUUGUUGCGUGCACACAGUGUGCACACACUGCAGUUGUAUACGCGUGCAAGCGUAUGUCCCGUGCGGCCCGUGCGGCCGUGCCUCACCUCACGGUAGAACAUUUGGGCUGAGUUCGGGGAGAUGCUAUUUAGCACUAUGAGCGUGCUCUGUCCUUGUUACUUGCAAAGUUGAACAAGGACAGAGUACGCUCAUAGCGCUAAAUUUCGUCUCCCCGAACACAGCCGAAAUGUUCUGCCGUGAGGUGAGGCACGGGACAUACGCUUGCACGCGUUAACGCGCUGCGGAAUAUGAGCCUUGAACGAGCCCGAAGUAUAGUAUCGUAUACGCAUGCCCGAUAUUCGGCAGCGAUAAGCCUCGUCUACACGACAAGGCGUAAGGCACGGGCGCAAGAGCUUAGGCGCAGGCGUUAGAAAUAAAAUUAGUUUAUUUCGCUUGCGCCGCUGCGCCACGACCCUAACCUACGAUCGGGAAAAAUCCUCUUGCGCCUGUGCCCGCGCUCUUGCGCCGCGCCUUACGUCUUACGCCUUGUGUAGACGAGCCUAUAUACGACGUGCAAGCGGUCUCAGGUCUGAGCACGUUGAUGCAUGUCGCGUGUGUUGUGUUCUGUUAUAUAAAGAAAAUAAUACAGUCGAUGUAUCGUUCUAUACUGUACAGCAUAUCGUAUCACGUACUUAGUGAGCCGUGUAGUUUUCCUGUAAAAAUUGUCCUGCCACUCCUAUCUCGUGAACUGUGAUAUCGAUAUGAUGAGUGACGAUGAAGAAUUUAUACGGACAAGACUGAAUGAAUGGAAACUGUCGAAAUGGUACGAUCGAUUUAUUGAGGAAGAAAUUGAUAAGGAGUACUUUCUAAAUAUAAGCGAGGUUGAAGUAUCACGAAUAAUACCUACGAUUGGAGGGACUCACUGUUUUCUUGAAAAGAGGAAAUUGUGGAUGGACAGUAUAAAACAUAAGAAAUGUUAUGAAGUACCAGAUAAUAAAGAAAAUAAAGAAAAAAGCCUUACACCAAAAGAAACAAAGGUUUCCAAAUUAUCUAGCAACGAUACACUAAUUUCUACGUAUUUUAACAAAGGUUCUCUAAGCGAUGAAACAUCUAUAGUUAUCAAUGAUGAUAUUUGUUUUGAAAAUGAUUCUCGUAAUACUACAAAUGUAUUAGAUGUACUGGAUGCAUCAACUAUCGAAGAAGAGAAUACUAACCCUAUAUUAAUAAAAUCCGACGCUAUUGAAAGGAAAAAAUCGAAGAAACCCGAUAAAACUAACAAUCAAAGCGAACAAAAUGAAAAUGUGUGCAUUUGCCCAAGUCAUUCUGCAACAAUUCAUAAUACGGAUCUGAAAAGACUGUUAACAAAUUUUGUAGAUGGACAAAUUAUUAUACAUUUUUAUGAAAAGCAUAACAUACUUGAUGAAGCCAAACGUAGGAAACUGACUGAACUUCUUGUUACUCAUUUUAUGUAUCACAAAUCUGAGGAAACCACAGAAAUAGUUCGCUUGGUAAAUGGUGAUUUUGAUAUUUUAUCGCAAAAGAUCCACGAAUUGUUCCCAAACGAACGUCAAGCAUUUUAUUAUGUUCCACCAAAAUCUGAAGGACCUUCCCAAAGAGUAUCAAAAGGAAAAUUACCAGACUAUUACCGAAAUAAACUAGAUGAGUGCCGUAAACUUGGACUUGUACAGAAGAAACGAAAAAGAAAUGAUAUCGAUAUUGAUGGUUCUGAUUCUGAAUCAAGCGUUAGUCCUGCAACAAAGCGUGCUUGCAACACACAUUUGCAAUGGCUGCAGUACAACACAGCACCUUGGACGUCUGUAGUAGAACAUUGGGACAAAUCUCGUAAACUGAGAUAUAUUUUAAUAGAAAAACAUAAAGGAAACAUUUCUGACAUUUUCAAUGAAUAUGCAGUACUCAAACAAGAACUAGGUUACACACUUGUUCCAGGAGAAUUGGAAAGAGUUAAACGUGGAAAAAGAGAGAAUGCUGCUAAAUUAAAAAGAACCGUACAACCUUAUAUAAUUGUUGUAGGUCCACAACUCACUUCAAUCGAAGCAUUUUACAUUAUCAUCGAUAAUGUAAUGUAUAAAAUGGAAAAUAUACUGAAAGCCGUCGAUAUCUUGUACAAGAUCUUUCACGUUUUCAACGUAAAGUAUCCAAUUGGCUGUGAGCAGCCAACUGUUUUAUCUUUUCUUAACAACGUGGACGAUAAGCGUAAAAUAGAGGAAGUCUUAAACUUAUUCGAAAACCCAUUCGUAUCAUUCGACUCAGAGUACAAACGAUUUAAAUACUUUAAAGAUCUGGGUACCUUAAUAGAACCACAAUCGUAUAUAAUUGGUCAACAAAGUAUUGGGAAAAUGGUUGAUUCAAAUUAUGUAAUUGUACCUACAAAUGUGACGGGUCAAUAUGUAUCUGUAAAAUUAGUUCUACAAAAAUUAUUUGGUAUACCUAAUUUCUUACAACAAAUUUUAAAUUACAUGCAAAGCUUAUUAAUGGAAUCGAAUGGUAUUUCGAAUAUAGUUCAGGCUGAAUCGUACAAAAUAUUACAAGAAAAGUAUCCAGACAGAAUAAUUAUUCCUCUCAUAUUUUAUUAUGAUGAGUUUGAGGUGAAUGAUCCACUUGGCUCUCACGCAGGCACUCAUAAAAUUGGUGCUGUGUAUUAUUCUUUGCCAUGUAUACCUCCAAAUGUCCAGUCUCAUCUGAUCAAUAUACAAAUUGCGUUAUUAUUUAACAGUAACGAUCGAAAAGAGUUUGGAAAUAGAAAUACCUUUUUACCGCUUAUAAAGGAAUUACAAUUUCUACAUACUUAUCCAGUAUACACGACAAAUGAUAAUAUUGACAUUUAUGUGAAUUGUCGUUUAAUUGUAGCAGAUAAUCUUGGUCGCCAUGAAAUAGGUGGUUUUGUGGAGUCUUUUGUAGCCAAUAAACCAUGUUCAACGUGCCAAAUAUCUCGCAAUGAAUUAUUGAGUGCGACUAACGAAAAACCUGAACUUUUACGUAACGCAGAAAAUUAUAAAGCUGAUGUUGAAAAAAACGAUGUUAGUACAACCGGAAUAAAUUCAGAAUGUGUAUUCAAUGAAAUAGAAGAUUUUCAUAUUUUAGAAAACAGUGCUCUUGAUAUCAUGCACGAUAUUUAUGAAGGAGUUUGUGGAUAUGAUUUAUCUCAGAUUUUGUUGCAUUAUAUUGUAAAUUUAAAGCUUUUUACACUUGAAGACCUGAAUGAUCGUGUCGGAGCUUUUGAUUUUGGC